AUGUCGUCCCGGACGCGCCCCGGUCGUUUCGCAACGCGCGCAGCUCCCCGCAGCAGUCGCCGGUCCAGACGACAAGAUGAAGACGAGAUACCUGAGGUCUACAGAGAUAUGCUGGCCGAGGCCGAUGCACGGGAAACUGGCUCAUCGGAUAAUAACAGACCGACGAAGCGGUUUAAGCCCGCGGGAUACAGAGCAACAUCUGCGCAGACGCAACUCGCGGAUCGAGGAACACAAGAUGCCAUAGAUAUCGAAGAAAGUGCGGCCAAAAAACCGCAGACUGUAUAUAAUUCACCAUCAGAGUCAGAAGAAUCCGAUAUGGAAUGGGAAGAGGUCGAUAUCCAACAGUCUUCUCUUCCGGGCCCCUCAAGUUCUGUUUCUGUUUCGGAUGACGCGCCGCUUCAGAUCACUCUGGGUCAGCAGGAGGAGCGGAAGCGACGGGUCGUCCGGCGCAAGCCUGUAACAGCGGCCGAGAAGAAACUCAGACUUGACAUUCAUAAGACGCAUCUGCUCUGUUUGUUGGGCCAUGUCCAGCGGCGUAAUCUGUGGUGCAACGAUGAGGAAGUACAGGGCUCUCUUAAGAAGACGUUGUCAAAGCAUAUAAGGUCGCAACUGAACCCACCGGAGGACAAAGCGCAGCAUACUAGAUCAGCUAUGUUUCUCGACGGCCUCAACCAGGCUGGGGAUGUAUUCACCAAGAGAUUCCGGGUCACAAAGCCUGGGAUGCGGCGUGCUCAUUGGGCGUAUGACGCUGAUUCUCUGAAGAGGAAAACAGAGGGCAUUAUGUCAGAUGCCGAAGUAUUUCUCUCAAAAGAAGAUUUCCGGAAACAGGCCAAGACACUGCAAGGCUCUCGUGAUUUCGGUGCCCAGCUGUUUUGCGCACUGCUGCGUUCUGUUGCGGUGGAAGCCAGACUGGUGUGCUCUCUGCAGCCGCUGCCAUUCUCAGGGACAAUGGAACCACCACCCAAGCCGGAGCCUCAACCCAUCGUCAUAUCGUCAGACAAUUCAGAAUCAUUAACCGAUGGGCAAGCGAAGUCCGAUACGGCAAAAGCAUCCCCUAUCAGGCGGCUUGGUCGGCCCGCAUUCAAGCCAACUCGACCCCACAGCACUUUCCCUGCCAGACCGGCACCAAGUCAAUCAUCAUAUCCGGUAUUUUGGGUAGAAGCAUUCAAUGAGGCCUUUCAGAAAUGGAUAGUAAUCGACCCCAUGGUGACGAGGACGCUGGCGAAGCCACACAGACUCGAACCACCUGCAGCUGAUCCGUAUAAUCUUCUCAGCUAUGUUGUUGCAUUUGAAGAGGAUGCCUCGGCAAGAGAUGUCACAAGGCGUUACACGAAGGCAUUCAACGCAAAGGUUCGCAAACUCCGUGUUGAAUCGACCAAGAAUGGUGAAGCGUGGUGGAAAAGAGUACUUCAAUACCUUGAAAGGCCAUUCUUAGAGGACCGCGAUGAACUCGAAAUUGGUGAGUUGACGGCAAAGACAGCUUCCGAGCCAAUGCCACGGAAUGUGCAAGACUUCAAAAACCACCCCGUCUAUGCGCUAGAGCGGCAUCUCCGUCGCAACGAGAUCAUAUUUCCGAAACGUGCUACAGGACAAGUCAGCCUUGGGAAGGCAGGAGCUAAGGGCCAGAUAGAGCCGGUAUAUCGCCGGUCUGAUGUCCACACCCUUCGAAGUGCGAAUAAGUGGUAUCGACUUGGUCGGGAUAUUAAAAUAGGUGAGCAAGCUUUAAAGCGCAUACCGGCGAAAAACAAGGGAAUAAGCCUCGACGAUGAGGAAGAGCCUGAAGAAACCGCUUUAUACGCGUAUUUUCAAACAGAAUUAUACAAACCGCCACCUGUUGUCGAGGGGAAAGUUCCAAAGAACGCCUACGGAAAUCUGGACAUUUACGCCCCAAGCAUGGUGCCCCCUGGAGGGUUCCAUAUUAGGCACCUGGAUGCUGCAUAUGCUGCACGUACUUUGGGAAUUGACUACGCAGAUGCUGUUACUGGGUUCAACUUUAAAGGACGUCAUGGUACAGCCGUCAUACAAGGAGUAGUAGUCGCGGUUGAAUACCAUGAAGCGGUCCAAGAGGUCCUGAAAUGCCUUGAGGAAGAGAAAGUGCGAAAUGAACUUGAGGAAAGGUCUGCCCAGGUCCUUCGCACAUGGAAGCUUUUUCUGUUGAAACUUCGGAUUGCCGAGCGAGUCAGAGGCUACGCAGUUGAAGGCGAAGCUGAUGACGAAGCGAGUGGCCUCGAGAAAAGCGAAGAGCCGGAAGAGAUGGGCGGUGGGUUCUUUCCUGAAUCUGAUGCCGAAAUGGCAACUCCAUCGCAGCCCAAGGGACAAACAGAAAAGUAUGCUGCUCAAGAUGAAGAUAUAGGUGGUGGGUUUCUCCCCGAAUCUGAUGGGGAAAUGGCCUCCCCUGUCCGCCGGGAGCAACCGGGAAACCAUCCUCACGUUGAUGUGGAUGAUCUUGCUGGUGGGUUUGUUCCUGACGAUGGAGGUGCACCCGAAAGAGUGCCCGAACGAGCCCCGGAGCCGCCUAAUAGCGCGACUACACAGUCAAGAUAUAGCCUUGUUGUCGUGCCUAGCAAUACACCAGAUGUGUCUAUGGCCCACCAACGCCGCGCCACCGAACAAGCUGACGAAGACCGCGCACCUGUUGACCUCGGGGCACCAGGCACCUCAGUCGAAGAGCCGAUUAUGGUAGCGUCUUCGGUCAACGAUUCUGCUUCUGCAAGUGUCGAGAUACUCUCCCGAGCUCCUUCGCAGGUGCAGUCGCGUACCCAGUCUGUGGAGGUUGUAUCCGAGCAUUCUGAAGAUGACAAGGGCUCGUUACUAUCAGAAGACCCCGAUGAUGAGGAUGCGGUUCCUGAGUGGCUGAUGUCGGAUUGA